AUGGCAGAAGAACAAGUGAAAGAGGAAACAUCACUUCCACCAGGGUUCCGAUUCCAUCCAAUGGAUGAAGAGUUGAUUGAUUACUACUUGGUGAAUAAGAUCUUGGAUGCUAACUUUACAACAAGGGCCAUUACGGAUGUUGAUCUCAAUAAAUUUGAGCCAUGGGAUCUUCCAGGUAAAGCAAAGAUGGGGAAGAAAGAAUGGUAUUUCUUUAAUCAAAGAGAUCGAAAAUACCCAACCGGAGUAAGGACUAAUCGAGCCACAAACACCGGAUACUGGAAGACUACAGGGAAAGAUAAAGAGAUCUUCAAUAGUAACACAUCUCAACACAUCGGGAUGAAGAAGACUUUGGUUUUCUAUAAGGGAAGAGCACCUAGAGGAGAGAAGAUGAGUUGGGUUAUGCACGAAUAUCGUCUCUAUUCUAGGUCUACUACUUUCAAAAUCAACAAGGUUAGAUAUAUAUUAUGUCAAUCUUUUAUAUUUUAGAUCAAGAUUUGUUUCAACAAUAUCACAAAUUGCUCAUACUUGUCAAUUUAACCUAAAAACAAUUGUUGCUAA